ACUCGCAUCGUGAUUGGACGUUGAAUACGCCAGUUCGACUCAGUCCAAAUCAUCGGGCGCUGCGCGUGCGAGGAGGUGUUUUCUGAAUAUAUAAUACUUUAAUGGUUUCUAUUAAUCGCCUCCCAUGCCAUUCAGACCGUCCAGUUAUGUUCGGCUCUUCCGGUUAAGUGGCUUUAACGGUGAACUGCGAUUGUCAGCGAGUUCGUUCAGCCGUCACAGACCGACAUUUCACACCGGUCUUCCUGUACUCUUCGCCCGGAAACUAACGAUGCAGUCGAGUCGAAAUGUAACCAGCAGCAGCGGGUGCGACAAGGAGGGCUUGGACGGAGCAGGCAAGCCAGGGCCAGUGCUUUCCAGCAACAUUCCUACUGUCACAACAGAAGACACGGAUCCUCCGACGGAGAAGAAAAGAGUGGAAAGCACGCUUGUCGUUAACGAGAGAAACCUGAGGACCCCGAGUCCACUGUGUGGGGCCAACUGUGAUGACGACUCGGAGGCAGAGUCUUUCCGGGAUGGAAGAACCGAGGAAGUCGACCGGGACACCAGGGGCAGAGGGUUUACUUGGUGCCGAGACUUUUUGUCAGGGUCGUGGAAGACUAUCCAAGAGGAUGAUUUUCAAAUCAGCAUCGUCAGUGGUGGACUGAGUAAUCUGCUGUAUCUAUGUAGUUUGCCCGAGCAUGUGCAGUCUGAGGGAGAUGAACCUCGCCAGGUGCUCCUCAGAGUCUAUGGUGCCAUCUUACAGGGAGUGGACUCUCUGGUGUUAGAGAGCGUGAUGUUUGCCAUCCUGGCAGAACGAACUCUGGGCCCAAAACUUUACGGCAUCUUCCCCGAGGGACGCUUAGAACAAUACCUUCCAAAUACUCGCAUGCGCACAGAUCAACUUUCACAUCCUGCCAUCUCAGCUGAGAUUGCCACCAAGUUGGCACGUUUCCAUAACAUGCUCAUGCCCUUUAACAAAGAGCCUAAGUGGCUGUUUGGGACCAUUGACAGAUACAUGGAUCAAGUGAUGAAGCUUAAUUUUGUACGGGAGGCACAUUUAAAGAAGUACAAGAAGCUGAUGAAGUUGGACCUGCCUGCUGAGCUGGAGAGCCUCCGUGCAUUGCUAGCAGCGACUCCAUCGCCAGUGGUGUUUUGCCACAAUGACGUCCAGGAAGGUAACAUUCUUAUGCUGGAAGAAAGGGACCACUCCCCAGUAGAAAAACUCAUGCUGAUAGACUUUGAAUACAGCAGUUACAAUUACAGGGGUUUUGACUUUGGGAACCAUUUCUGUGAGUGGAUGUAUGAUUACACCUACAACCAGUGGCCUUUCUACAAAGCCACACCGGAGAACUACCCCACCAGAGAGCAGCAGCUUCAUUUUAUAAGAAAUUAUUUGUCAGAGCAGAAAAGAUACUCUGAUGUUACCAUGGACCAGACACAGACUGAAGAGGACAUGAUAAUUGAGGCCAACAGAUAUGCAUUAGCGUCGCACUUCCUUUGGGGGCUGUGGUCCAUCAUUCAAGCCAAGAUAUCCAAGAUUGAGUUUGGAUACAUGGACUAUGCCCAGUGCCGUUUUGAUGCCUACUUCAAGCAAAAAAAGCUCUUCUCCUGAAUUCCACCAUGUAACAUCAGAAUGUACUGUCGCAUUGAUUUGUCCUUGUCAUUCUUCAUGCCUAGCUCAAGUUUCUGUUAAGGUCUUUUUUCUUUGUUUUUUUGUUUUCCCCUCAGCUGUGUGUUAUUGAAACUCCCAACUCUAUGCAGCUCUGCUUGUGACAAGUAACAUUUUGUUAGUGGUAGGAAUUUCCACUUUAAGACUGUGCACAAGCACAAUCUAAGCUUUCAGGCAAUCCAUUUUAUUGAAACACCUAUAGCCAUAGUGUGAAACUUUUUUAGGGUAGAUAUAGCUCUCUAGCACUGAGUAUUAUUAGUAUUAUUUUAAGGGGCUCAGUCAAUGUGAUGUUCAACUAUUUUAUUUUAUCACCCAUUUUUACAUGCACUUCACUUCUUUGGACCAUAUUUUGACUUUGGCAUUGUUAAUUGUUUAGCUGUGCUCUCUGUGCAUGUCAGUGGUGGAGAAUCCCGGUUGCCAGAGUAUUCAGGUGUUUUCAUUUCAGAUUGAAAAUCUUACUGUGGAAGGCUUUUGUGUCUUUGCUUUAGUGUUUUUAGUCAUUCUACCUCACUUCUUUCUUCUCAUGUUCAUUCUGCAUUCAGGUGAAUAGAUUUGAUAGGGACUUAUUUUAAGGGCAUCCUGUGAAGGAAGAAGCAAACUUAACAUUCUCACCUAGCUACUCAAAACUUUAACUAUCUCAUGUGUCACAGGUAGUUUUACUGUAGAGUAUGUGAAAAUAUUCCCCACCAAUCUUAAAUGUUAAGUUAAAACUUUAUCACAAGGGCUAUUUUAUUCAGUAUCGCUGUAGUCAACAAUACUGUUAAUGUUACUAAGUGUGUGGCAUUUAAGUCAGUGAAAUUGGAUCUUGUCUCCACUUUUAGAUAUCAGUUAUUGACUGUACAUUUCUGCUGCACCUUUAAUUAUCCAUCCAUAUUUAUUUCAGUUUGUUUUACCUCUGAUGUCAGUCUGAUUUAUUAUUUGUUCUUUUUUUUUUGUUUCUCUCUGCCAAGAAUAACUUGGAACAUUAGGUUGUAUUAGGUUAACUAAAAUGUCCAUUUGGCACAUAUAUGUGACCACAUUAAACUGGAUUGCCUAAAUUAGAGCCAACAAUAAUUGAAAUCUAUGUUGGAAUGAAGUGACAUGACUUUCCUGUUGCUCACUUGAAUGUGAAGUGGGGUUUUCAAAUGUUCUAGAAGCUUUGUUUGAAUCUCUUUAUGAUUUUUUAUUUAUUUAGACUGUCUCCUGAACUCCUGACCGAAUGCACUGCCAUCAAUUAACAUCUCCAUAAUUUUGUUUUACACAUAGCUGCAUCAGUUUACAGAACCUUAACUGUGCCUCAUUAACUGUAGCUGUUUUUAUAGCAAAACUGUCCCAGAACAGUUUAAUUCUGUUAGAACUUCUCUGUAUUAUGUUGGUCCUAUUUGCACUACUAAAAAUAUAAUUUAAAAGCAAAUAAAUUCAUGUGCUUAGAACCUC